AUGUCGCAACAACUAGCGCUACCUCGGAUCGUCCGACGACGCUUGGCGGCUGUUCUCAAUUCAAGAACUGUCACGUUGAGACCUGCACAGAGAAGAUGGAUGACUCCCGCACCGAAGCCUGGAGAUGGGCCCAUGAUGUCGAGGAGGGCGGACCGAGAGCUUCCAGAUGUAGCUGAUGUGACAUUCCGCUGGCGCCGUACUUUCCCCAUCUUCUUCUUCAUCAUGGCCGCUUCAUCAGUCGCCAUCUUCAACUACCAAAAGAUGUCCUCACCCGUCGUCUCCUCGACACUCUACGCUCUACGAACCAACCAAGAUGCUCGCGAUAUCCUCGGUGAUGAGAUCUACUUCAAGCAUCAGAUUCCCUGGAUCCACGGCGAGAUGAACCAGCUUCACGGCCGUAUCGAUAUCUGGUUCUCAGUACGAGGCACAAAGGGCGAGGGUGUCAUGCGCUUUGCUAGCAACAGACCUAGCAGCAAGGGCUUCUUCUCAACUACAGAGUGGAGUCUUACCAUGAGCGAUGGUACGAGGUUGGAUCUUUUGGACAAUGGUGAUCCUUUCAAGGCGCUCACUGGAGGUGUUGAGGAUCUUCCUGCUGUAGAGGAGGAUGCUCCUACAAGAGGAUUCCGAAAGCAGGUCGAAUACAAGUGA